UUUCCUGCCCCGCUGCAGGUAUAUAACAACAUGAGGGCAGGAGGGCAAGGCAGUCACCCACCGACAUCAGUCACAAAAAGUCACGCGUUCAUCUCCAUCUUUCUUAACUCCAUUCCUCUUCUUUUUAUCAUGAUGGUUAAGUCAGUUGCUCUAGUGGGCGUGAUGGUAGGCGUGGUCGUGGGAGUGGUCGCUGCCUUACCCCGCCUCGUUAAAAGAAAUUCUACCCCAUUCGAGUACCAGCUACCCUCCAACGCCUCCGUCAUCGUCGGGCGCAUCAACACAGGCUUCGAUUGUACUAAUCGGCAAUACGGCUAUUAUGCUGACCAGGCCAACGGGUGUGCCAUCUUCCACGUCUGUUACCCUUAUGUAGACGCCGAAGGCAACACCGUCACAAGCAUGUACUCCUUUUUCUGCGGCGAGGGAACUAUCUUUGAUCAGUCGACUCUAACAUGCAACUUCCCCGAGAACGCCCUCCCGUGUGACGCCGCUGAGAGCUACUACAAUAUAAACAGCUACUUCGCCAGGGAAAACACACAGUUCAGAGAUGGUUCCGUCGAUAACAUCUUCUAAGUUUACCAAAUGGAAAUUCUCGGACGUUCUGGAUAAUUCUAGAUAAUUCGUCUCAAUUCUGGUAAAAUGUCAGAGACUCUGGAUUACCCUCAUGAGAAUUCGAGGAUAAUUUCGAACUAUACUAGGAGGUUUUGUUGACAUAAUCAGAGGUAAACCAUCAACAGUUUGAGUCUGGAUUACCAUAAAGUUCUUAAACGAUUCAGGAUAAUUUAUAUAUAAUCAUAAAUAAUAACCUGUUGCUGUAUAUAAUCCUACAUGAUCCAUAAUUAGUUCUAUAUAACUUUGAAGGUUAUUAUAUCAAGGUUAAUGAUUCUCAGUUAAUGUAGAGUAAGUUAUGGAUAAUUUUCUUACCGUUUUAGAUGAUCGUAAAUAAGGAUUAAAUUGUAGGAUGUGAUUCCUGGGUUAACCACAUUGUAAAUUAAAUUGAUGUUGAAGGAAUUGAUAAGAGAUAAGGAAAGAUUGAUUAUAAUUAUCAAUAUUUGUGGAUAUAUAUUGAAUCAAGUUAAGAUUAGCCACCGUAGUGUAUUUCACCUGAUGAUUAAACACCUAACCUAACCUAACCUAACCCAACCUAACCUAACCCAACCUAACCUAAC